CAAGCCCCGACCGACCGGAGGCGCAGAGCUCCCCAGCAGCUGCGGGGCCGACUGCCGACCUCGGGCGGAGAGCGCGGCGGUGCCCAGUCUCCCAUCCCCGCGCUCGGAAGAGAAUUGGACGAUGUCCGGGGCUGGGGACCAAGGCAAAGCGUUGGCGAGAUGGCUGGGCACUGGGCUUUUGGGUCUCUUCCUGCUCCCCAUGUCCCUGUCGCUGGAGGUAUCUGUGGGAAAGGCCACCACCAUCUACGCUGUCAACGGCACUGCGAUCCUGCUGCCCUGCACCUUCUCCAGCUGCUUUGGCUUCGAGAAUCUCCACUUCUGGUGGUCCUACAAUAGCAGUGACAUGUCCAAGACCCUCAUAGAUGGGAUCGUGAAGAAUGAGAAGGUCGACCCCAAGGUGAGGUUGAAAGACGAUGACCGAAUCACUCUGGAGGGCACCACGAGGGAGAAGAUGAACAAUAUUUCCAUUCAGCUGAGCAACCUGGACUUCAGCGACACGGGCAAAUACACCUGUCAUGUGAAGAACCCCAAGGAGAGGGCCGAGCACAAUGCCACCGUCUUCCUCCAAGUGGUUGAUAAAUUGGAAGAAGUGGACAACACGGUGACACUCAUCAUCCUGGCCGUGGUGGGCGGGGUCAUCGGACUCCUUAUCUUCGUCCUGCUGCUGAAGAAGUUUAUCACCUUUAUCAUCAAGAAGACCCAGGAGAAGAAGUGAGUUGACCACCCCACACUCUGGUUACCAGUGUGCCUCUCUUGUGUCAUGGUCCUCUGGCUCCACUUUCAUCUGCUCCGUCCAUCUGCAGCGUGCCCUCUGUCCCCUCAUCCCCUCCUUGUCUUCCUAGUUCUACUGUCUUUGCUGAAACUCAUCCCACCUCCAAGCCCUCUUCUAAUCUCCCUUCUCCAUCUCCAUCCUUGCAGAUGUAUUUAUUGAUUAUGUGAAUAGAAUCCACUUACUCUUCCUGCUGCCUUCCCAUGCCAUCAGCCUCUCUUUCCAUCUGCACCACCUGCCCUAAAGCCCUGCUAAAGAAUUUAGGAAGCCUUUCUUUCUGGUGGGGGUGGUACUGGGAUUGGACUUGGAGCCUUGUGCAUGCUAGGCAGGUACUCUACUACUUGAUCCACACCUCAAGCCAUUUUUGCUUUAGUUAUU